AUGGAUCACUUAAUGUCAAAGGAAGAAAGCUAUGCAGAUCGAAGAAAACUUUUUAAAAAUAUUUGGGAUACUUCUAUGCAUGUAGAUGAAAAAGAGGAUAUUUUCAGUAAACCUAAAGUGAUUAAGACUCUACGUUUAGAUGAAAUGGAUCGCUGUUUAGUUGGAAAAAAGAAGAAGCAAAGGAUAAAAAAUCUUCGAACCGUCUGUAACAAACUAUUAGAUUUCUGCGAUCGUCAAGAUGCGGAUGAUAAAUUUUAUGAGCAGAUGGUAGCCGAAGGCAAAGAGCCCCCACUGCAAACAGUAGAAUUAAGAUUAUGUAAAAAAAAGACAAUAAAAGCAAAGAAGAAAGUGAAGAAAGCUAAAAUUAUGCAUCCAACUAUAAAUGCUACUGUGUUAGCAAACAUUGCCACGUCAGAGAUGAGAGAUGAUUUAAACAAAGCUUCAACAUCGAUCUCUAGAAAAGCA